GCAGUGCUGGGGCGCGCGCGGUUUUCCGUUGGGAUGUCAGAUUGGCGGUGUCUCCUCGGUACCCCUCUCCCGUGAAUCGGUGUUGACACCGCCGCCUGUGCGCUCUCUCUAAAGUUCGGUAUAUUCCGCUUCUUUAUCCAUCCCUGUUCUCCGGUAACGACCGAACGCAAAACAGAAAAUAGUAGUUUUAUUUUAAUUUAGGGCGGGUGGCCCUGGCUCCAUCCAACGUGAGGUCACCUGACAGCAGUUUAACUACUUCACGUCUUUAUUUUAUCUUCUCUUAUUUAAAAAUUCACAAAUCAGAAAGACAACGCGCUGUCGUGAUGGACGAAUGGUCGGUGUGACGGGCGGUUGAAUAUUUGGAGAGUGAACUGCGGCCGGAUGCUUCAUCUUGAGAAGAUUCUCUUCAUUUCAACAGAUGACAUUAGCAACAAGACAUGAUGUGCUUGGUCUUUAUCGAAGAAUUUUCAGAAUAGCAAGAACAUGGCAGUCACUGUCAGGACUAUCUGAGGACACUAUGAAAGAAAGAGAUUACAUUAUCACAGAGGCCAGAACAUUAUUCAAAAAAAAUAAAAAUUUAACAGAAGCAGAAGCAAUUCAAAUCUGCAUCCAGGAAUGUCAAACAAGGAUAGAAAUGGGACUACAUUACAGAAUUCCAUAUCCUAGACCAAUACACUUGCCUCCUAUGGGACUUGCUGAUAAAAAGGGACGUAAAUUUAAAUUGCAAGAAAGGCUGAGGAAAAUUGCUAAACCAGUUUAUCUACAGUCACAUGAGGAAAUGUAAUGGUGGCUGGGAUCAUCUACUUUUAUACUGUUUUCUUUGAUCACGUGAAUAUGAUUUAUUACUUAAAUGGUUUACAUUGUAGUUUAUUCCUGGAAGUAAAAUUUCUGUUUUGAAAAGAAAAUAGCCUCUAGCAAAGUGUUUGAAUCAGGAUGUUUGUACACUUAUUAGAAUGUAGGGCAAUCCUGAAAUAAAUUAUUUUUAACUUAGUUUAUUGAACAUUGAAAAGUAUUUCAGUUACCACUAGCAUAGUGGUAGUAUCCUUCCCUCUGAGCUAGAGGCAGAAGUCAGUUGUCUGAUAACGUCUCUGUACGGAUUGAUUGAACAGUAUCUACAAGAAACAUUUUGAGAAAUGAGCCAAAUAACAACUCCCCUGUGCUAUACCACAGUUUUGCCUGAGCUCUUCUGGGCCUGUUUAACUCCUGUCGUAUGAAUAGUUUGGUGUGGUGGGAAAGUGCAUACAGUGCUGAGGAUUUGCACAUUGCUUUUGGGUCACUUUCCUUAAGGCUCCAUACUUUGUGUAAUAUAUACGCUAAAAACAGUGUUAUCCCAUCAUUGUAGUACUUUGUCUGACUUUUCUUUCCCUCAGUGCUUCAACUUUAUUCAUUAUUAGGGCUGAGCACCAUUAGCAAUGCCAGAAUUUAUUCAUGUCCCCCUGGUAGCCCUUGAGACAGUGAUGCACCUUCAUGUAAGGUUGAAGUCAGAAGUCCAUCACAACAAUGUUAGAAGCUGAAGGCUUCAAGUAUAACUAUUGCAGUUGCUGCUGACCUUUGAUUCCUUAACUAUCUCGGGUUAGGUUUGGGUUUAGGAUUAGAACAUUUGGGAACGCAAAGCUGACCAGAUAAUUACCUGAUUACUUCCCAGACAGAAGCAGCACAGUUCCUCUGCCAAAGAAUGGGUGUGGCAGUGGUGGUUACACACUCAUCUAUGAAUCGCGAUUUUUGUCACAUACAAAUCAUUUUAAGAUUUCUUUAUCAUUACUUUGUAUAUUAAUGAACAGUGUACAAAAGAUGUUUUCUGACAUAAAAUUAUUUAAUUCUACUUCCCAAUUUCCAAGAUGAAUAUACAUGAUCAGUUCCCUUAUCUGGAUAUUUCCAAAGAUUAACAAGAUGUUUUUAGUCAUCCAACUGACAAAGAGCUGCCACACCACGGUUUAUCCAAUGUUGUUCUGCUUUAUCCGACGAAAGCUCUAUUGAAAGUACAUAAUUUGUUGAGUGGCCAGUUGUGGAUAAGGUACCUCUGCGUGCACUGGUUUUGUAGACUGGACAGUAAUAGAUAUUCUGAUGCAGAAAUGUUGCACUCACUCCCGGUUUAAGCCAGAUAAUGGGCAUAGAGUCGAACAAAAUUUUGGGCAAUGACUCCCCAAUGACCAUGUUUUCUCUAUCCCAGCGGGCACCUUCCAAAAACAGACCCUUAACAUAAGCUCCAUCUUUUGGCUUUUGGUACAUAUCAUUUUCUUCUUUCUUGACCUAAAAAUGUAAGAGAAACAAGUCUGAGGUAAUAUGAUUCUGUAAAACCUAAGCCAUUUUAGAUACAUGCCAAGAAUAACAAACUUACACCAGAAAAGAAACACUUGAAAGCAAAGAAAAAUGUUUGCUAAGUACUUUAAAAACAUGUUUUGAACAGGGAUGCAAAGAUUAAAUGUAAACAUAUGAUCAAAACUGUAAAUAAUCAAAUAUCCUAUUAGUAUAUACUACCUAAGUUCAUAAUAGAAGGUGACAUAAGCAAGGAUUUCAUUUUAGAGAAACAUGUUGAGGGAAAAGUACAACAGGAAAAGGAGGGAGAAACCUACAGCAAGUACAAUACUUACCUCAAAUUCAAACCCGAUGUGAUCAAUGGGUAUGGUAUAUUUUCUUGCAUAAUUCUGUGAGACGCCAGUCAAAAAAGAUUGAGUAAAGUAGAAUCCAGAUAUCCAAAAUACAUUGGGUGGUCCUUUAUCAAUCCAUUCCUGUUUAUGAAACACAUUAAUCAAAUGGUGGUAUUACAUUGAUAUUAAGUAACAACUUCCAUCAAGUAACUUCUUACUACUCUCAUGCUCUUGUAUGCAGACUGGAAGCAUUCUUCCUUCUUUUUUAAAUGUCACUGCUUCAGCACAUUGCUUUCAAAUGUUGAUUUAAUUCACAGCAAAAAUCCAACCCAUUACUACUUAAACAAAAAUUCUGAAUUGUACACUCUGCAAAACUAAAAUUGCCGUCAUAUAACAGCUACUGUCAUUUAUCCAAGAUGUUUCUGUAAUCCAAGAUAACAAAAUGUGAG